GGUUAUCAUGGAUCGGUACACGAUCUCAGCAGUGCUUCAUCAUCAUCUGCAUCUGCAGCUGCAGCUGCAGCAACUCAACAACAUCCAUCAACAACUCCCGAUAGCCACCCUUUAGUGUUGGGCGGGGUGCCCCCUCUGACGGCUGGGGUCACCCAAACGUCCAUAUCGCUAACAGCCGUCAGUAGUCCUUCAGGAAGUUCAUCAGCGGGUGGCCAACGACUUGAUUCAACGCCACAUUCAGUGGAAACACCAAAUCAAUUACUUGCAGCUCAACAACAAGAUAAUGUUUCCGAUACAGGUAUUGAUUGA